ACGACCGCGGUCCAUGACAUGCGCACCUCCAGCUUAGCGUCCUACCGGCGUUGGCGACAAUAAUAAAAAUGGAUACUGUUUACUCCAUAGAUAAUAUAUAAAUGUCAAUUUAUUAGCUGUUUGCUUACUCCACAAAGUAAAAUACAUACGCCUUGUAUAUGUGUCUGAAAACAUGUCCGUAUUUGUGAUAAGUGAUAACGAUUAAAGUCCCGCGUUGCAUUAUCGAUUUAUCGCGACCCGCGAGAACUUUUUUAAUAUUUAGUAUUUACUUACUGGUACUAUUAAUUAUUCAGGGCACCAAAUGCCAUCAUUGAGUUGUUCCAUUACUACCCUUUUAGCUUGUACGCAAACCUAAGUAUUGCGAACAACGUAAUGUCUAAAAAAUAAAUCGUAUACAUCAAAUCACUUUUCAUAUCUCUAUAAGUAAUCAUUGCCUGUUCGUCUGUUAGUUAUUACUUUCAAAUCAUACCCUCGACGUUAAGUCUUUUAUAAUUUAUUCUCUAGCACCGGGCAACGACACAUAUUCAUUCUGUAGUUUACUUGUGUUCACUAGUACUAGACGCGCCAUGUCCUCCAAAGUGAAUGCGGAGCAAAAAAAACUCGCUGGUAAAUCUACAAUCAUCAUCGAUGUCAAAGAAAACGAUGAUGCAUUCAAUGCGAGUACGAGUAAAUCAACAACAGUAAAUACGGGAGUCAGUACUACAACUCCUGAACUUAAAACACAAGAUAUGUGCAUAGCAGAAGGUUGCUAUAAUAUAGCUAUUCAACAUGCGGAGUGGGACAAUGAAUAUUGUAGUGUUAGUUGCACCUAUAAGCACUGCAAAGCUACAUUUAUAGCUUGGCUAGAAAACAAUAAAACAGCAAAAGCGAAAGCAGUACCAGCGUCUUUGACUCAAGUAAAUGUAGCUGUUAAUGAAGAAAAAGAAGAAUCAGAAACAAGUUCAACAACUACAUAAAAUGAAGAUACAUGUUUUCGUUAAUAUAACAUUUUUGUAAAUAAAACAAUUAAUUAUACCAUUUCGCAUUAUUAUUGAUUAAAAUUCAGUUAUUGUGAACAGUA